CACUAACCACAGAAUCCCACGGAACCUUCAGGCACACCCACGGCAGAAAAUGGCCAACGGAGGAGACGAGCUGAAGCUGCUGGGCAUGUGGGCGAGCCCAUACGUGGUCAGGGUGCAGCUCGCGCUCCACCUCAAGGGCGUGAGCUACGAGUACGUCGAGGAGGACCUCGCCAGCAAGAGCGAGCUCUUCCUCCGCUCCAACCCGGUGCACAAGACGGUCCCGAUCCUCAUCCACAACGGCAAGCCCGUCUGCGAGUCCCAGGUCAUCCUCCAGUACAUCGACGAGGCCUUCGCCGGCGUCGGCCCGCCCCUCCUCCCCGCCGACCCCUACGAGCGCGCCGUCGCGCGAUUCUGGGCCGCCUACGUCGAGGACAAGCUGCUGGCGCCGUGGGGGAAGGUGUUCAGGGUGAAGACCGACGAGGAGAGGGCCGAGUGGACGAGGCAGACGGCGGCGGCGCUGGGUCCUCUGGAGGAUGGCCUCAGGGAGUGCUCCAAGGGGAAGGGCUUCUUCGGCGGCGACUGCGUCGGGUACGUUGACGUCCUGCUCGGCAGCAUGGUGCCGUGGGUGCGCGCCACCGAGAGGCUCUCCGGCGACAAGUUAAUAGACGCCGGCAAGGCCCCGCUGCUGGCGGCAUGGAUGGAGCGCAUUAGCGAGCUCGACGCCGCCAAGGCGGUCUUCCAGGACGUGGACAGGGUGGUUGAGUACGCCGGGGCAAUACAGGCCCGGCUUUCCGCCGCGGCUGCUGCAAGCACCCAAUAAAGCGGCAUGGUGACAUGGUGGGUGGGUGGUGCAUGCAAGGAGAAAAUGGCCAAGUGUGGAAUUAGCUGGAAUUACUAAAAUGGCCACGUUUCUGUUUCUUUUUCUCGAAUAAUAAUGGCGACGUUUCUCAGGAACACAUCACAUGCAAGCAUGCGGUAUUAUCAGUUUGAAAACAUGUGUGGUCGUUGUGACA